AUGGACCUCUGGCCAUGCGGGCGUCUCCCUGCAGCAUCGGGUAAUGAUCCUCCUACACCAUCCCCGGAUCCAACAAUCAGUUCCGGUCAAAUAUCUCAUCUUACACAAACGUAUGCUGUCGCCGACUUCGAUAGAAUCCGCACUCUCAGCCAUGCGCAGACCGACGAGUUCAUGAACUGGCCCUUCCCAGCCGAGAGACGUCUGCCAGAUAUUGGCGUCUACUUGGCGCUCAAGACUUUAUCUGUGGUGGAGCGCUCUGAGCGCUAUCCUGUUGAUUUCGACUGGCGUGGAAAUAUCCGAGUGGGCCGCAAACCCUGUGGAGAGCCCGUCAUCGUACAGGCUUACGGUCUCUUCUGGAUUCCUGUAUGGAAAAAGUCAAUUAUUCUCUGCGGCGAAGAGUUGAGUGAAAGACACGGCUGGGUUAUCAGACCCCCACCUUCCUCGGAGCUCUCAGAGCUUGAGCCUGCAUUCUACGCGGGGCUUGUGCUCCUCCCCUCGGACUAUCAGAAACGGAAGUAUGUGGAAUUCUUGCGAUGGGACUAUGGCCGCGCUAUCAACGCCAAAUGGGAUCAGCGGGUUACUGAGCUCAACGCUCAUACCGAUUUCACACGUGGCUGGGAGCAAAGAGUUCUCGAACUCACCAAUGCUCGCAGUCCAAGGUUCAAAGUCAUGCGGACCAUUCCAGGUUUUCGAAUGACCGCUGUCAAUCCCAUCGUGGACAUUGACUGCAGCCAUGCUCCUAUUUCCUGUAUCCCGAAUCAUGCUACGCUACGCAACCUGCCAUGGCAGGCUGAUCCCUGGGCUCCGCACCCACGAACUGAUAAUUGGUCCUUCGAUCCGCUCCUCCAGAGACCGUUCAAUCCUCUCCCAGUUCAAUUAAUAGCUACCCGUUACGACUGGACCAACCUUCGUAAUAGUCCUGUUUAUGAUAAUUGGCUUGUGCUAUUCGCCGAAAUCAUGUGGCGGGUCAAAUCCGAGCCUGAGCAAUCGGCGUUCAGGGCAUUUAGCAAAGCACUCGUUCAUCGUUGUGAGAUUUUUAGCUCAUUUCCCGAUUCGGCAAAGGGUUUCAAUAUGCUGUCUUUUAAGCAAAUCUCCCUUGACGGACCGGGAGGUUUGCGAACCCUUCAAUUUAUGGAAAGCUGGAAUGAUGCUCAGCAAAAGGUUCGCAGACUUGGAGACACUCGUCUCACGAAUAUCUUCACCCAUUUCCUUUGUGCCAUGCAGGUUCCAUGCCUAGCAGUCAGACCCUUGCGUCCUGCCGCAGUGCAUGAGCUCUCUAACUAUCUACGCGCUUCCUUGUCCUUCAGCUAUGAGAGUUUCUUGGAAUUUCUGAGAAGUGCCCCUCGCCGUGAACGCUCAUAA